AUGAAGCUGAGUGAAGAUGGACAUAAUAUUCAUCUACCCAUAUGGUGGCAAUGGCCAUGUAAUAUAAUUUGUUCUCUAUCAUUGUUAAUAUCUUUAUACAGCAUUUUUCAACAUUUUCUAAAUUAUAGAAAACCACAUGAACAAAGACUAGUUAUACGAAUUCUGUUAUUAGUACCUAUAUUUAGUGUUACUUGUCUUAUGGCAACUCUAAAUCCAUCAUUUACUAAAAUAUAUUUGGAUUUUAUUAGAGAAUUUUAUGAAGCAUUUGUUAUUUAUACAUUCUUUUCUUAUUUAACAUUUAUAUUAGGUGGAGAAAGAAAAAUUAUUACAGAGUUAUCAAUUGGCAAAAGACCUGUACGACAUAUAUUGCCAUUUCUAUAUGGUAAUAUUGAUUUAUCUAACCCUUAUUCAUUCCUAAGUGUUAAAAGGGGAGUUUUACAAUAUGUAUGGUUUAAACCAUUUUAUUGUUUCUUUCUUCUAAUAUGUGAGAUUUAUCAGUGGGACAGUGUUGAAGUUUGGUUACUGAUUUUGUAUAAUAUGUCUGUAACAUGGUCUUUAUACAAUCUGGCUCUAUUUUGGAAAUGUUUAUAUGAUGAUUUAAAACAGUAUAAACCAUGGAUGAAAUUUAUGUGUGUGAAAUUAAUAAUUUUUGCUUCAUAUUGGCAAGGAAUGAUACUUAAAUUCCUAAGUUUUACAGGUAAGUUACAUAUAGAUAGUGAGAUAAAUGGUGAAAAUGUACCUUAUAUAUAUCAAAAUGGGCUACUUUGUAUUGAAAUGAUUGGGUUUGCAAUACUACAUUUUUUAGCAUUUCCAUGGACAGAUUACUGUUUGCAAGCAAUGCCAAAUAGUGCUAGAAUGAAACUUUGGUAUUCUAUUAGAGAUUGUUUUGGUGGAGGGGAUUUAAUUUGGGAUUUUAAACAGACUUUAUUCAUUGGUGAUUCAUAUUAUAAUUUUAGAAAUUUCUUGCCUAGUGAGAGUACCUCAAUGACACACAUAAACAAUUUGAUGACUAAUAUGGAUCGAUUAAAUAAGGGAUUACGUUUUGCAAAUAAUGGACAAGACACAUAUUGGGUUAAUUAUGGAAGCAUAACAGAUAGGCAAGAGUUCUUAGAGCAAAACAAUAAGCAAACAGAUAAUACUAACGUCAAAGAAGAGCAAUGGAUCGAUAAUUUAUUUGAUACAAACAACAGGUAUUUACCUGAAGAUAAAAAUUACCCUGUUGAAUGGAACCCACAAUCACAUAAGUAUACAGAACAAAUAAUGUCUUUACGAAAUGAGAUUGAAGUUAGGACACAUAGUAAUAGUAACAACCAUACUAUAGUGUAA